GCAGACAGAAGAGCGCUGCCAACAAAGGCCGAGUCGAUGGGGUUACAAAAAGAAUAAUUUGGACUUCUAAAACCCUUUUGUUGUUGUAAUUAUAAUUUUAUAUAGGUUGUGAAUCUGUGAUUACGGUUAAGAAAUGUGUGAAUGAUUAUGAAUCGUGACGACUAGCAAAGGAGUCAGCUGGUCAACAGUGCGAAUAGUGAAUAAGAAAUGGCGGCCUUGCCAGCAGGUGUUCAGUAUGGGUUAUCAUCGGAGUCUAGUUAUAAAGAAAACAAGGAACUAGUGUUUGUGAAAUUAACGGAUUCAGCAUUGAAAGCAAUUGAAGACUUUAUUAAAAAUAAUAAGGGCAAAUUUGGUACUAAACCUACGAUACAGUUCCUACCCGGAAAUGAAGGGAAAAUCUCCAUUCCGGGAUCCAAUGGCAAUGGCCCAUUGGGUGAGACCACAUUUCACUUCAGCCUCAACAGUAAUGCAGAAAUGGAAGGUCCACAGGGAUCGUUCGAAUGCGUCAGGGGAGGUGGCGCGCGGCGGCUGGAGUCGUGCGGGCCGUUGCCGCGCAAGAUGCGGGUACAAGCCAAUGACGACUCGUACGAGGCUACCAAGGACCGCAUGGCGAGGACUGUUGCCGCGGAGCAGAGCAAAUGCACCCGCGUGAUAAAGCCAAACCAGACGGAUAUUGGACGGCGUGUUAAAGUCCGUGCAGCACACCCUAUAUACCCAGCGUCGGCAGCAGCUCAGUUAGCUGAGCGUACGGAGAGAGGGGAGCGUUUAGAGCGCUCAGAGCGGCCUGACCGACCCGACCGGCCCGACAGACCCGACCGGCCCGACAGACCCGAGCGGCCCGACAGACCCGAGCGAGUUGAGAGGCCAGAACGCAUGGACAGGCCUGAACGCAUAGAUAGGCCUGACCGUAUGGACAGGCCUGAUCGCAUAGAUAGGCCUGAGAGAAUCGAUAGACCUGAAAGAGGAGUAGAAAGGGUAGAUAGAUUAGUGGCGGCGCCCCCGGUUGUCCGUCAACAACCCAUACCGGCCUCGCUGCCUCCGCAGCAACAUCAACCACACCCACACCAACAGCAGCGCGCGCCCCCUAAUCCGGAUCUCACGAAACGGUCCAUAAAGGAAAGACUUAUACAAUUACUAGCACUCAAACCCUUCAAGAAGCCAGAAUUGUACGCUAGGCUCAAUAGUGAAGGGAUCAAGGAGAGGGAACGCUGUCUGGUGAACAAAAUACUGCCUCAGAUAGCCACGCUGAAGGAUAAUUGUUUUCACUUACGUAGACAUAUAUGGAAUGACGUCAACGAAGACUGGCCGUUCUAUUCAGAGGAGGAAAAGCGUACGCUGAAGAGGCGGAAACCUCAAAAUCUAACGCCACCGCUGAGUAGCGACUCGGCACACUCGCUGUCGCCGCGUGCGUCGCCCAACGCCGGCAAGCGGCCCAGUGCGGGCGCGGGCGACGAGCUGCCGGCCAAGAAGCAACGCAUCUCGCACUACCGCCGGCCCUCGCCGCCCUCCUCUGGCUACGCCACUACCUCCUCGGGCGAGCGGCACGCCUCCGACAACGAGGACGACAGAACCACAGUGAAAAAGGAUAACGGAUACACCCUCAACUUUACCACUGUUAAAGAAAUCUGCGCCAGUCCUGUAAAAACGAAUGGUUUUAGAAGUAGUCCCCCAUUAGAGCAAAGUAGUAGUAUCACAGUAAAAGACAUCACAAAUACGGAACCUUUAGAAAAUACAGAAUUGUCGUCCGUACCCGACGACAAAUUGACUGAUUCGGAUGACAUUGAAAGGCAAUACCCGCCUAUCACGAGUUCGAGCACGAGGCGCGCGUACAAGAAUGAAUUCGCGCAACUGUACAAGGAGUACAGAGCGCUGUACGAGCGCGUCGCUCAGGUGGCGGCGCUGUUCACGCGGCUAGAGCAGCAGCUGCAGCGCGCGCAACCCCACUCGCCGGACCAUCAGAACAUAGAGCAGCGUAUCCAAGAGGAGUACCGUCGUGUGAGGAACGACUCCGGUUACCAGCACGAGCGGCGGCGCGUUAACUUCCUUCACCGCAAGCUCACGCAUAUUAAGAGGAUGGUCAGUCAAUACGACAAUCUGCGCAACUUAAAACCGGAACGAGUUCCAACGGCGAGCACGACGCAAGCGUACUGACACUCGAGUUAUUCGCCGCCCGCCCGCUGCCUCUAGUUACUGCUACAACUAACUGCAACAACCAUCCUCACUCAACUGGACUGUACACAUACUACGCAAUACAUGUACAUCGGGAACUGUUCGCCAUUACGAAGUAACUUGCACGUUUCGCAGGUAAAUACGGUUGGCGGUAAAUGACUUGAACAAAGUGUAAUAUAAUUAAACCUGCGCAACACGCCUUAGUACGUUAAAUUGUUAAUGCGCAUGUUACUUAGUAUUAGUAUUGUCCAAGUUGUUUGCCGGUAUGUAUAGCUACUAUUCGGUUAUUUUGAUAAAACUGAACAGUCCCGAAGUAUAUUGUUCGGUUUGACUGUACAAAAUUCGUGCAAACAAACCGCAUCGAAACGUUCACUGUCUAUUUCCGGUUCGUUUCAUACUGCCUUCUUAUAUGCCUUUCUAUCAGAGAUUUAUAUUUAUCAUAGUGAAUUUAAGAGGCUGUGCAAGCAGUAAUUUCAAUACAAACUUUUUUGAUGCCGUUUUUUUGCUGUUGAGUAUGUAAAAAUGUCUCCCGAAAAGUGACAGACAUAUUCAAAAUGUAGUUUUAUACCUAGUACUGUCUUGUUUCAAUUGUUCUGUAAAAGCCGUGAUGAGUAAUAUCUAUGAAUGUUUUAUUGUAUCAUUUAGUUGUAAUAGUCAGAAUUAUCAAUGAUACACAUGUGGCAUAGAGGGAUGAUUUUUAUAAAAAUAACAUACAUAUAUUAUAUAUUUCUUACUUUUUAAUUUCGUUUACACAACACACUUAUCUAAAUAGUUUUAUUUACUAGUUUUUCUAUAUCAGGGUCAACCAUGAAAACAUUAAACUUCAUUAUCUGACUUCUGAAACAAAGGUAUUUUCUAUACCUACCUCAGAAGUCAGGGACUUCAUAAAUUAUUUGUAAAAAAUAUGUGAAAGAAAGAAAUAAAUAAUGAUUGUUUAUUAUAAAAAUGAUUAAUUAUUAUUAUUAAACGUUAACAAUCUCAACCAUGCUUAACAAAGUAAAUAUAACAAAAAACGUAUAAUAAUAAAAAUAUCCCGGCAAGAAAUAUUCUGCAAAUUAAACAAGACAACCAUUCAAUAUGAAAUAAAAUAUAUUUUCUUCUUUGAACAAAAGGACUUGUGAAGUUAUAUUAAUUACCAUAGGACCAGAAGGUAGCUGUACAGGUGGGUGAAGGCGUGUUAUACGACUAAUAUGUACAGUUGUUUAAAAUCUAAAUAAAAUCAAGAUCCUCUGUCUAUAUUGUCUAAUAUAUGCAUAAAUUGUUUAAAUCAAAUAUUUUUUUCUCCUUCUUUACAGUUGAUUCCAAUUAAUAACGUUCUUUUAAGCCACAUGAUAUUAUUGGAAAUUCUGGCUAUUGUCAACUUUGUUGUUAAUAUAUCAAUGUAACAGAUUAUUAUUUUUAUAAAUUACAAAUAUACACAUUUGCGUGUAAAAAUAGGAUAUAUUGUGUAUUAUUUAUAUAUUAGAAUUGGGAAGUUUUUAUUGUGUGUUUAUUCAUGGACUUUCGAAUCCAAUGUAAAAUGGAAUAUCUUUUAUGAGAUGUGUUUACGCAUAUCUAUCCAUUAUGUGUUAGGCAAAUAAGCACUAUGUUUAUAGAAAAUUACUAAAUUUGAACAUCCAUGAAUGAAUAUCCUGUUAAUAAACUUAAAAUGCAUGUUUUACAUUGUAACGGCCAGAGUAUAAGCAAGCCAAAAUUUAGCAAUAUUCCUAAGACUGAACAACUUUAUAGUCUAUAUACUAAGGAAUUGUUGUUCAGUUUUACAAAGACAAUCGUUGGCUUUUUAUACAUUAACCGUUAAAUAUACUUAUAUACAUAAAUUAUAUCCGCUAAUUACAUAAUAAUAUUAAUUAGUGAAGUGUUGCCGUGCCAUACGGGUGGCCUGCCAAUUUGGCAAAGUAAACAUUGAUGAGGCUGACUGCACAUGGUUAAGGCGAUUCAUUCUCAGUUAGUCAUUUGGCAUAAUUAUUAUUUAACAAAUAAUUUAAGUUCUGUGCUCUUCCAUUAUUUAUAUUGGUAUUGCCUUGACCAAAAUAUUAGAGAGAGUCUCUUGGAGAGAAAAUCUUCGCCUAAUCCCGGACAUGAGGGCCCAUUCUGAAAAAAAUAUUUUUCAUUAUUAUCUAGUGUGUAUUAUGUAUAUUACUUGCUUUUACAACCAACUUAAUUUUCCGCAUAUACUUAAUAUUUUUUAUUUUAAAUUAUAAAAAUAUUGAAAACUCAAAUGUCAUUAUUUACUGAUUACUGAAAAGAAAGAAGUAUGUCAUUUUAAAGUUUUCCGCAUAUGUCAUAAAGUUAUUAUAGAUAAUAAAUAAAUGCAAAAUACAAUAUAGUGAAAUACGGCAUCACACUAUAGGAUGUAAAAAAUAUCCUCCCUAUAAUUAAUUAUUAAUCCGGUUGAUUUUAUAAUGUAAAUAAUAUAUAUGUAAAUUUGUUUAAAGUUUAAUUAUAAUAGUCCAAUGGUAGAUACAUAUUUGUUCGUCCACGUUUUAUUCCAUACGAAAGUAUUGCCGUCUGAAGUUAUUGUUAUUCAAGAAUUUGCUUAUACUGGCUAAAUUAUUUUUACUAUUUCUCAUUUGACAAGGCCAAAUUUUAAUACUAAAGUCAAAGUAAUAAAUAAAUUUUCAAUGUCAACAAUUUUAUGAGUCAAUUGACAGCACUAUUGGCCUUCGAAGUACAUUUUUAACGCCCUUAUAUCUGUAGCCAGAUAUCGUCCCUUUAGCUUCUAAACAGUCCAUCCAUAUUUUAAAUGUUGGACUUCAAUUAUAUUUUGUUUGUCUUGCCCAGCUUGCAUGUUGUAUAUAGUAGUAUCUUAUAAAAGAAGAUUUUAUCAUGUUCUUGUUAAAUUUUGUUAUGGGUAGUGUAAUAUUAUCAAUUUUCUUUUCAAAGUUAUUUAACUAUUUAUUCCAUACAUUGGCUAUGUCGUGUAAUUGCCGUAAAAAGAUCUUGUAAAUAUCGUAAGGGCUUUAAACAAGUAACUCAUCUGUGUCACAAAAAAAACUCUUUACAGAGAUUGACGAUUAAUGUUGUUAGUUUAAGAAAGUAUACGGUAUAACACGGCUGAGCUGAUACGUAAAAAGUAAGUGUAAGCUUACAAAAGAAUUAAUUUUAAUAGCCAAAUGAAACGUCUUGAAAGUUAGCAACAACCGGCCAGUGUAAAACAUCCACUAGGAGUAAGAAAUUAUUCUGGUCCUCUUCGGAAAUACCCUCCAAAACACAAUAAAAUUUAGUAAUUUUAGUCUACAUUCGGGCCAGAUGACAUUCUUAUGAACUAUUUCGGUCUGAACUGAUUCAAUCAGUCCAAACUAGAAAUAUUACCGUAAUUGUAAUAAAAGUUAGUUGUUUGUACCAAUGUUGUGUCCAGGGAACGAUAACAUAGUUCCCAGUCCCUGGCCCAAAUGUGUAAAGCCGUCUUACAUAAUUUGUCCUAUGAUUAACGUCCAUCUAUUUGAAAUGGUUUUAGCAUUAAGUAAUUCUGAUUUUUAUUAUUAAAUGCCGAUGUCAUUUUGUCCAAAUUUUCCAAUACAGAAUAUGUGCAAGGGCGUCCUUAUUCAAUGCAGGCAUUUUAAAAAUUAUUUUCACUUAAUGUAUAAUGUAUUACUUUGUUAUUAUUAAAUACGUAUAAUUAUAUGUAUAAUAGUAAUAUGUAACCAUUUUGCAUAUAGGUUUACAAAACCUUGUUGAAAACUGUUAUUUCACUUAAUUUUUGUCAAUUAAUGUGUCAAAAUGGCGUUAAUUUUAUUUUUCAUUAAGAAUCGUCAAUUGUUUUAUGUGUAUUAUACAAAAUCAGUAGAAACUCAUUAAAUAUGUCAAGUUAUUUGGUCAAUUCAAAAGUAAGUGUCCUUUUGUUGCUCAGGGAAAGUGUUUUUGUGGAUUUUUUAAUCGCUUUUUACUCAUUAAAAUGCUCAAUAUUGUGGUCAUGAUAUUAGAAGAUUAAAUUUCGCUUUGCAUUUUAAUUUAUUUCUUUAUUUAUUUAAUCCAUUGUACAUAGCAACUCGUUUAAAUUAGAACUUCAAUGGGUUGUUACUAAUCAAAAUUAUGUAAACGACGAAACUGUAAUCAGACAUUGGAUAUGUAGUUCUAACUUACUGAAUAUUUCAUCGUCGCCUACACACAUUACAUAAUUGAGAAAUCACAUUUUUAUAUAUUUGUCUUUCAAUUCUUAUUGACAAUUCGCUUGCCUCCCCUAUGCGCAUAGUAUAAAUUUUAUUAUCAAUAUUAAAAUUAAAACCAAUUUGAUAGGAUCACACAGUUAAAGUUAUUGUUACCACUAGUUUAAGCACUAUCAAUUGUUUUAUUGUAAUAGUAACAUUUGAAAGUUACUAACUAUAUUGUUUGUCACGGAGAUUUUCUUAUGUUAGUCGUUUUGGGGAAGUUGUUGAUAAUUGAAGUGGGAUAUUGUGAAUGAUGCAUUCCAUUCGUCUGAACCGUUGAUUUAGCACUGUUCAUCGUCGCACCCAUUACGUGAAUAGUGUAAAUGUGAAUUAUAUUUUUACAGACAUUGAAUAUCCAGUAGGCAAAGGUCUAAUAUCUGUUCGGUCUUUUAUUUGAGACAAUUGUUUUUACGCUCAAGUUGUCUCAAGUGUAAUUGACGGCACAUUUUUUAGACACGUAUUUACAAUUUUCUGACCACUUAAAUACUUAAUAUAU